UUAUGUGAAACUGAACGGAAUAAACAGUAAACACCUAUUUUAUUUAAAGUCUAUAAUUUGUGACGUACGUAUCAAAUUUUAUUUUUUGCUUACUAAAUAUUGUUAUUGUCAAAUGUAACUAAAUUAUUACCCAUGUGUUAUUAUUUUUAUACAUUAUUAUUCAAUUUCGAAUAAUUAAAUUUAUAGUCGUUAAUAGUAGGUAGAAAGUACCCACCAUUCAAUCACUCCUCGACAUACAAGCAAAACGGCACACCGCAAACUGCACAUUCAAUACUAAUAGUCUGUGUGCACUGUUCAUUGAGAUUCGACAUCAGAUACAUCAGUGUUAGUAGUGUUACAUUGAUUGAGGCCUAUAUUUUAAUACCAUACCUAUUUUCCUGCAGUAUUUUCCAUUAUUACGGUGAUUUGAAUCCAUCUACAAUAGAACAGUGUUAUAUGUCUGUAGAAGAAAUGGAUACCAUUCAGGCAUCAUCUUGUGAAAAUAAUGUAAAGCAAGUUUUGGAAUCAAAUGAAUGUGAACCAACACAUUUUAGAAAUAGCUUUCACUCUGAUAGAAUACUAGAAGGCUUACAGUCUCUACGCAAAAAUGAAGUUUUAUGUGAUAUUAGAUUUAAAACAGAUGACGGUACUAUAGUAUUCGGACAUAAAAAUGUUCUGAUGGUAGCUAGUCCAUAUUUCGAAGCAAUGUUUAAUAAUUUUGAUGGAAUCAAUAAAGAUCUUGUUAGUAUAAGAGAAUUAGAUUCCACCAUACUACAAAUAUUGCUAGAUUAUAUUUAUACUGGUGAAUUGAUAAUGACAAAAGAAAAUGUACAGGUUUUGUUACCAGCUGCAAACAUCUUACAGUUAGAUUUUGUAAAAGCUGCAUGUGCUGAGUUUUUACAAAAACAACUGGAUGCAUCGAAUUGUCUUGGUAUUAGAGCGUUUGCUGACUUACAUAACUGUACAGAAUUGUUAUCAAGUUCUGAAGCAUUAAUAAAAAAAGAGUUUAUGGAAAUGGUUAAAAGUGAUGAGUUCCUAUCUUUAUCUUUUGAAGAUGUGGUUAAAAUUAUCUCUUGUAAUGACCUUGCUGUUCCAUAUGAAGAAAAAGUAUUUGAAAGUGUUAUUAAAUGGGUAAAACAGGAUUUGGACCAAAGAAAAGAUUUUUUGACAGAAUUAAUGGAACACGUACGUUUGCCAAUGAUAGCAUCUAGGCCUGAUAUAUUUAUAAAUAUAGUAAACGAACCUCUCCUAAAGAAUAAUCCUAAAUGUAACGAAUAUGUAAUUGAAGCAUUCCAUUUUAAUCUACAAAAAUCAGUUCAGCAUUUCACCAUUCCACAAACAAUUCGUUGUACACCCAGGCAGUUUGGUGAUUCACGAAAAGUUAUUUUAAUGUUCAACCGGUCUGAUACAUCGCCAAAGUGUUAUACAGAAUGGUAUGACCCAGCAACCAAACUACGUGAGAAAGCACCAGGGAUAAAUGAUUGUCGUCAGUUAGCUGGUCUAGGCGUAAUUAGAGAUCAAUUUGUUUUUGUUGUGGGAGGUGUGAAUAAUUUGUGUUCACAAUCUGUUAGUAUGCUUGAUGUAUCUUUACGAUCUCCAUCUUGGGUUCCAAUGGCCAACAUGGUAGUAAACCGGCAACGAUUAGGAGUUGCUGUAUUGGAUGAUUGUAUAUAUGCAGUUGGUGGUGGAAAUCUCAACAAUCCAUUAAAUUGUGUAGAGGUGUUUGAUGUCAGUAUUCAAAAAUGGAGAUUGGUAGCUAGUAUGUCUACUGUAAGAUGUGAUUUGGGUGUUGGUGUUCUCAAUAAUUUAUUAUACGCGGUUGGGGGUGCUAGUAAUGGUUUAGUUUUGAAAUCUGUGGAAUAUUAUGAUCCCACACUUGAUACAUGGACACCAGUUGCAGAGAUGUCCGUAUGCCGUCAAGGUGUUGGUGUAGGAGUUUUGGACGGUGUUCUGUAUGCUAUUGGUGGCUAUGAUGGAAAGGAUCUUAAAAGUGUUGAGAUUUAUAGACCGAGUGAUGGAUUUUGGUCUUCUGUAGCUGAUAUGGAAAUAAGUCGUUUUCGUCCUGGAGUACUGGCAUUAGACGAUUUAUUAUAUGUUAUGGGCGGAGAAUCUGCAGAUGAAUCUAUGAAUGAUAGUAUAGAAAUUUACAACCCUAAAACCAAUACUUGGACCAUGGAGAGAUAUUCGAGAAGUGGUUGUCACAUUUUUGGUGGAUUAGUUGUUGAUAGACCACCAAAUUUUAUUAACCUAAUUUGUCAAGGCAUUCAAGAUGACUUAGUUCAGAACAUGCCCAACCAGAUACAAAUCUUGCAUGAAGGUAAGACCCGUCACCCGUGUUAUUGUUCUAUGCCAGACUCAUAUUAUGAGAAACCAGAGAAACUGAACGGAAUAAACAGUAAACACCUAUUUUAUUUAAAGUCUAUAUUUUGUGACUCGUUAAUAGUAGGUAGAAAGUACCCACCAUUCAAUCACUCCUCGAUAUACAAGCAAAACGGCACACCGCAAACUGCACAUUCAAUACUAAUAGUCUGUGUGCACUGUUCAUUGAGAUUCGACAUCAGAUACAUCAGGUGUUAUAUGUCUGUAGAAGAAAUGGAUACCAUUCAGGCAUCAUCUUGUGAAAAUAACGUAAAGCAAGUUUUGGAAUCAAAUGAAUGUGAACCAAAACAUUUUAGAAAUAGCUUUCACUCUGAUAGAAUACUAGAAGGCUUACAGUCUCUACGCAAAAAUGAAGUUUUAUGUGAUAUUAGAUUUAAAACAGAUGACGGUAGUAUAGUAUUCGGACAUAAAAAUGUUCUAAUGGUAGCAAGUCCAUAUUUCGAAGCAAUGUUUAAUAAUUUUGAUGGAAUCAAUAAAGAUCUUGUUAGUAUAAGAGAAUUAGAUUCCACCAUACUACAAAUAUUGCUAGAUUAUAUUUAUACUGGUGAAUUGAUAAUGACAAAUGAAAAUGUACAGGUUUUGUUACCAGCUGCAAACAUCUUACAGUUAGAUUUUGUAAAAGCUGCAUGUGCUGAGUUUUUACAAAAACAACUGGAUGCAUCGAAUUGUCUUGGUAUCAGAGCGUUUGCUGACUUACAUACCUGUACAGAAUUGUUAUCAAGUUCUGAAGCAUUAAUAAAAAAAGAGUUUCUGGAAGUGGUUAAAAGUGAUGAGUUUCUAUCUUUAUCUUUUGAAGAUGUGGUUAAGAUUAUCUCUUGUAAUGAUCUUGCUGUUCCAUAUGAAGAAAAAGUAUUUGAAAGUGUUAUUAAAUGGGUAAAACAGGAUUUGGACCAGAGAAAAGAUUUUUUGACAGAAUUAAUGGAACACGUACGUUUGCCAAUGAUAUCAUCUAGGCCUGAUAUAUUAUUAAAUAUAAUAAACGAACCUCUUCUAAAGAAUAAUCCUAAAUGUAAAGAUUUUGUAAUUGAAGCAUACCAUUUUAAUCUAGAAAAAACAGCACAGUAUUUCAGCAUUCCACAAACAAUUCGUUGUACACCCAGGCAGUUUGGUGAUACACGAAAAGUUAUUUUAAUGUUCAACCGGUCUGAUACAUCGCCAAAGUGUUAUACAGAAUGGUAUGACCCAGCAACCAAACUACGUGAGAAAGCACCAGGGAUAAAUGAUUGUCGUCGGGAAGCUGGUCUAGGUGUAAUUAGAGAUCAAUUUGUUUUUGUUGUGGGAGGUGUGCAUUCACAAUCUGUUAGUAUGCUUGAUGUAUCUUUACGAUUUCCAUCUUGGGUUCCAAUGGCCAACAUGGUAGUAAAACGGCAACAAUUAGGAGUUGGUAUAUUGGAUGAUUGUAUAUAUGCAGUUGGUGGUGGAGAUGUCAAAAAUGCAUUAAAUAGUGUAGAGGUGUUUAAUGUCAGUAUUCAAAAAUGGAGAUUGGUAGCUAGUAUGUCUACUGGAAGAUGUGGUUUUGGUGUUGGUGUACUCAAUAAUCGUUUAUACGCGGUUGGGGGUGCUAGUAAUGGUUUAGUUUUGAAAUCUGUGGAAUAUUAUGAUCCCACACUUGAUACAUGGACACCAGUUGCAGAAAUGUCCGUAUGCUGUCAAGGUGUUGGUGUAGGAGUUUUGGACUGUGUUCUGUAUGCUAUUGGUGGCUAUUAUGAAGAAUAUCUUAAAAGUGUUGAGAUUUAUAGACCGAGUGAUGGAGUUUGGUCUUCUGUAGCUGAUAUGGAAAUAUGUCGUUUUCGUCCUGGAGUAGCUGUUUUAGAUGGUUUAUUGUAUGUUUUUGGAGGAGAAACAAAUAAAUCUAUCAUUGAUACUGUAGAAAUUUACAACCCCAAAACCAAUACUUGGACCAUGGAGAGAUUUUCGAGAAGUGGUGUGCAAAUUUAUGGUGGAUUAGUUGUUGAUAGACCACCAAAUUUUAUUAACUAAUCAGCAUAUAUAAUGGUCUUAUUGUUGAUAGUAAUAUGAUUAUAUGAACAUAUUUAUAUAUUAUUUAUGACAACAUUUGAAUUGUUUAUUCUUUUUGUGAAUGUUUGAUACAAAUGUUUUUUUUAUAAUUUAAAUUGAUUAUUUACAAAUAAAU